AUGAUUAAAUUAGAGGCUCAUACCUUUAAUCAUAAAAAUAUUAUGACACCAGCAUAAAUAUCAAAUAAAUCUCCAAUAGAUAUAAUAAGAUAGAAAAAAAUCAUUUUUAAAAGAGAAUUGUUAAAUACAGAAUAGAAUUAUUUAGUUUAAGUAAAACUCAAUUUGUAUUAAGUUCAAGACUGAAGAACAAUAAGAAAUUAUCUAUAUAAAACCAGAUGUUCCAGAUCUUAUAAUGACAGAACUUACUAAUAUGGCUAUAUAAGAAGAUAUCAAUGAAUAUUAAGCUUUGGAAUAUCAUAUUCGAGCAGCUAAACUGUUAGAAUAUUAUACGUAGAAUUAGUAAUCUUAAUUAUUAUUUUAGAAUUCAAGUGUAAUAUACGUCAGUUUUAUUCUCUAAAAUUAAUUAUGCCAUUAUAUUAAAGAAAUAUGCUGCCUAAAAUGAAGCAUUAGAAAUAUUGUUAGAUUCUGAUUAAAUUCUUAAAAUUAAAGGCAAAACUCUAAAAAAAGCACCAUUGGAAAGCUUAAGUUUAGCAAAAAUAAUCUAAAACAAAUUAUUAAGACUAAGACUCAUGUUUUAAAUUACUCUUCUCUUUUCAGAAACUAAAAAGUAAUGUCUAUAAUAUAUAUCAGAAAUAAACAGGCUUUAGAAAUGGCUAAAAAUACUUUAAGAAUUUUAAGAAGUAUUAUUUAGAAUACAAUCAAAUUAUGUCAGUAAAUUACAAUAUUAUAAACAAUCAAUAAAAAAUAAAGAGCUAAUUCAGAAAUUAAUUCUCCUUUGUAAAAAAUUUAAUAAUCUUAAUCAACUACUUUACCUUAAUAAAUGUCUUAAAUUUUAUCUUAUCCACAAAUUGUAGAAGUGGUUUUUAAAGAAAUUUUAAGUUCUAUAAAAUCUAUGUUACCAAAUGAUGAUAAAUCAUAUGAUGUUUAGAGUUCAUAAAAUUUAUUGAUUCGAAGUUAUUAGAAUAGAAGUUAAUCAUUAUUUACUUCUGAUUAUGUAUUUCAACCAUAAAACAAUUAACAAAAUAAAUUAUUUUCUAUAAUAGAUGAUACUCACCCUAUGUUAUAAAUGUAAAUAUUAGGGUUGAUGUAAUUAACUUAUGUAGAUUUAGAAGAACUAUUUCCAAUCAACAGUUAUGAAAUGGUUAUGGCUGAAGAAGUCAUUUUGGAAUUAGUAAAUCUUAUAAUUUAUUUAUUAGAUUAUGUUAACAGGAUUAAGUUUCUAUAGCAUAUCAACAGAACUUAGAUUUAUUAAUAAUUUAUCUAAUAAAUUAACAGUUGAAAUCUGGUUGGGAAAGGCUGUAGAGAUAUUCUAUACUUAUGUACCACAUUCAAGUGCCAUAUUUAAUUAGAUUUAUUAAGUUUAUCAAAAAUUAUAUGGAGUUGAUAAAUAAUCUAUUGUAAUCUAUUAAUGAAAUAAUUUAGCCAGAAGAUGAGGAAAUAGAAUAUUAAACCAAAUUACUCAAACCACAUCCUUAUAAUAAUAAAUCUGCUCUCUCUAAUAAAGUUGUCAUUAUUAUCAAAGUACCUAAUCUUAAUAAAUAAUCUAAAGAUACAGAAACUAAAUAAUCUUAAAAUACUCAAACUACUUUUCAAAAGAUCUAACAAACAAUAUUAGCUAAAAAAUAAAUACUUUUACCUCAAAAACAUAUUUUUACUCAACCUGAUACAGACAAAAAACUAGAUACUUUACAAGAUGAAUAAGAUAAAUCUCCAUAAUAAUAAUAAAAAUCAAUUAUCAAAUAAAAUAAUUUUAUUAAUUCAACUGAUGUAAGAUAAAGAGUAGAAAUUCUUAUGAAUUAAAUUCUCAAUUAAUAAGCAAAAUUAACUCAAGAAAAAUUAAAAUAAAAACAUACACCAAUUACUAUCUUAAAAUAAAAGUAUUAAGUAGCAAAUAAAGUAUAUGAAAAUUUAAAGACUUCUAAUCCUAUUAUGACUUCAUAAAUUAAAACAACUUUACCUUUAAGUAGAUCUCUUUCUAAUUCAAGAAAAACUAGUUAAGCUAAUCUGAAAAAUUAAACCAAUAGUCUUAAAACUGCUUAAAUGAGAUAUCGUACAUAAAUAAGUACAUUACCCCCAGAUGAUUCAUCUAAACAACUUGCUUAAUAAAUUGCUACCUAAUUAGCUAGUCUUAAUCGCUAAAAUAAUGUAAAAUCUAUAUUAACUUAUUUUUAGAAAGGAUUUCUUUUAAAAAGAAGUGAUUCUGCAAAAAAAUCAAAGGCUCAAUUUCUAUAACGUUGA